GAAAUUCGUGCGGCGGGCUUGGCAUCGCUUACUCAUCGCCGGCUUUGAAGUUGAUGCCUGAGGCAUCAAGCAUGUGAAACUUCCAAGGUGCAAGUACGCAUCGGGCACAUCAUGUAUCCGUUCCAACAAUCGCAAUGUGACAAGCAGAUGUGUUGGUGUGAGUCAACAAAAACUAUACCGCUCAACACCAACUGUGACACGAAAUCCCCAACCCAAUGUUCUACGCCUUUGGUUCCAACGGCUCCGGCCAACUCGGUCUCGGCCACACAGAAGACGUCUCAUCACCGCAAUUGGUCUCCAUCGAAGGCAAUCCUGCUCCAUGGACCGUCAAACAACUAGCAGCCGGCGGCAAUCACACCGUCAUUCUAUGUGACGAUGGCGGAGUUCGCGUCACGGGCAACAACGAAGACGGCCGAUGUGGGCUCAAGAGCACCAAGCAGGUCACGCAUUUCUUCGAUAUCGAAUUGCCCGUUGAUGAGGCUUCGGGGAAACUGAUUGAGGUUGUUGGUGUUGCCGCUGGAUGGUCUACGACAUUUCUGUUGAGUUCUACGGGUGUCGUCUAUGUUUGCGGUAGUGGGAGCGAUGGGGAGCUGGGCCUGGGUCAUGGACUCACGCAGGCUGAGUCGCUUCAACAGAUUCCUGGCCUCGGUGGGCCAGGGGCAGACGUCGUAGCCAUUACAUCAGGAAUGGCGCAUACCGUAGCUCUGCUUUCCAAUGGAGAACUACACGGCUGGGGAAAGGGUAGGAGAGGUCAAUUGGGCGACUCAGUUGAUGCCGUCUGGCAACCACAAGUGAUUCCCGGCAUCGCAUUCAAGGCAUCUCAGGUGGUGUGCGGAAAGGACUUUACGAUCGUGGCUGGUCGGCCGGACACUGGAGAUUUGAUUGUACUCGGAGCACACAAGGACGAUCGAUUUCGAGUUGCUGCCGAUGCUCCAACUUCCGUCCACAGCUGGAGAAGCAUUGCCGCUUCGUGGGGAAGUGGGUACAUUCUCGAGAGUACUGGAGACAUCACAGCAUGGGGCCGGAACGAUCAUGGCCAGCUGCCAGCGGAAGACUUGCCAAAGACGCAGGCGCUAGCCGCUGGCAGCGAGCAUUGCCUUGCGCUAAUGAACAAUGGCCAAGUAGCUGCCUGGGGUUGGGGCGAGCAUGGAAACUGCGGGACGCCUCUGGACGCUCGUGGAGAUGUCAAGGCAGCGUACAACACGAUCGAGGUGCUUCAUCCAAACGGAUGA